GAUCAUCAUAAAUCCAUCAUUUUUGUCUAAAAAAAUGUUGGAAAGCAUUAGCCUCAUCUCCUGCAACUUCACUCGUCUUCCUCCUCUGAAACCCUCUUCCACACGGCCUCACACCUUAACCCAAUCCCCAAACCUUAACCUUCUUCUUCUACAAUCAAAAUCUUCUUCACCAUUUCCAAAAUCCUAUAGAAUCUCCCUUCUCCCCAAAUACGAGAGGAAAGACACAUUCUUCCAUCUCUGCAAAAGCUCUUUAAACAACCCAGAACCAGAGAAAUCUCAAGUUCAAGAUGAAGGACGAGACUGGUCUAGCUCAAUUUUGCUUUUUGCGCUUUGGGGUGCGCUUUUGUACUAUUGCUUCAAUCUCGCUCCUGAUCAGACACCGACGCAAGACUUGUACUUUUUGAAAAAGCUAUUGAAUUUGAAGAGUGAUGAUGGUUUUAGGAUGAAUCAGAUACUUGUUGGGUUAUGGUAUAUAAUGGGUUUGUGGCCUUUGGUAUAUGGCAUGCUCUUGCUUCCCACUGGUCGAAGUAAAACCCCGGCGUGGCCUUUUGUUGCGCUUUCGUUUUUCGGUGGUGUAUACGCUUUGUUACCUUAUUUUGCCCUGUGGAAUCCUCCUUCUCCUCCUGUUUCAGAGACUGAACUAAGACAAUGGCCUUUGAAUGUUCUUGAAUCAAAAAUAACUGCUGGGGUAACUCUUGUUGCAGGAUUAGGUAUAAUCCUUUAUUCAGUAGUUGGUAAUGCCGGUGAUUGGACAGAGUUCUAUCAGUAUUUUCGAGAGAGCAAAUUCAUUCAUGUUACGAGUCUUGAUUUCUGUUUACUUUCUGCAUUUGCUCCGUUUUGGGUUUACAAUGACAUGACCAGCCGAAAAUGGUUUGAUAAAGGCAGUUGGCUUUUACCGGUAUCAGUGGUGCCAUUCUUGGGACCUUCUUUGUAUAUUCUCCUACGACCAGCAUUGUCAGAGACAACAGCUCCCAAAGAUUCUACAUCAUCUGAACCAAAUCAAUAACAACAUGCACGGUUUCACUCGAUGACAAGACGCUUGUCACGGAUUGUCCAAAAGCCGAGGAAGGUUUCUCAGAGACAGUCAAAUUUCUGAUGCAUGAAUGCUGAUGAUACGGUUAGUGAACAUGAUAGCUCACAGAGGGAAACUAAUUCUAGAUCAUACGGAGGAUUUCUGUUGUACUAUAUAGAGAAGUUUAUUCAUUGUUUUAAUGAUAUGAUUCUAUUCUAUCAGAAAAAAUUUACUUCAGCUC